UAAUAUGUUUAGAGAGUGGGAAUUUCUACAUUUCGACUUAUUUCAUUCGGCUAUGUGAUUCCGUAGCAUGUAGACUUGUGUGAAGAGACUCUAUUAACUGAUUCAGUAUUUACCGUUCAUAGUUUUUAGUUCCCAUUUUUUCUCUGUGAAAGGAAAGAACACUGCAUUCGGGAUUUUUUUUUUGCUAAUGAUAUUGUAGAAAAACUGAAAAAAUUGUAGCUAGACAAAGUUUCUCAAGUAUCAAGUGAUUUCAAUUGUACUUUAUGAGUGUGUAAAAAUUUGAAGAAAUUAUGAUGGAUACACAACUUCAGAGUAAUGAAGUGCGAAUUCCAAAGACAGAAUUCGAUCUCAAAUCUGGGAUUCAGUGUCAAUACUUUCAGAGUUCUUUUGCUAGAUCUCUGAUACUUAAUCAAACAAAUUAUACAAGAUCACUGGAUAUACCCCUUAAUUUUGGAGGUACUUCUCAUGCAAAGGACUCCACAGACAAGGAAAUAUCUAAACUUUCUGAUGAAUUAUCUCCCGAAGAGACUAAUCAUGACAACGGAUCUAGCAGUAGUGUAGAAGUUACUCCAUUGGAUGUUAAGAAUCUCUGGUUGAAUUCUCAGUGUAUAUCUUCAAGAAAUGCUCCUGAUUCAUCUGAAUGCGAAGUUUUGCGCCUCAGAAAGAAAUGUCAAAAUCUUAUCGAAGAGAAUCGUCGUCUAUUGAGCCAAUCUCACAAUGGUGGAACCACAUCGGUUGAAACAAUGAUCUUACAAAAUAAAAUUGAUACACUCAAAUGGCAAAUGCAGCAGGUUGAAUCUUCGCGCCAAAUGUAUCGCGCUUUAAUGGAAAGUGUUGCACACUUCCUGGAACGAUGCCAUAUGAGUUUAGAUGCUUUACAGGAGAGAGAAUCACUUAACCGAUCCAAGAGUGUGCUCCAGAUGCUUCCUUAUGAACUUACCGAAGUGCCUGCAACAUAUGCUCCUACACGCCAACGCUCUAGCACCAAUGUGAGUGAUAUUGAACUUCAUUUGUCAUGCCAAAAUCUCCCGAGAGACAUCAAAGCUUCUACAGACUCUAUUCAAACCAUAACUUCGUACAGCAACUUCAGAGAUUUUACAUGGCGACGUACACCAAAACACACUAGUAGUCAAAAUCAAAUUUCUGGCUCUAAAAUGGAAGCUGAUAAACUAUCCCAAGAAGCAUUUCGGUUGCUUCGUAAUGUGAAGAAUCUCUUGAACACCCAAGAACCCAUGCUGGCUCAAGCCAAAACUGCAAUUGACGACUUUCAAAUUUUCAGAGAAUCUUCUGCAAACGACAGUAACAUGAAUUCAAUGAAUCUCAUCUUUGAUAGAAAAUUAGUUACACGCGAAAGUCGAUCUUCUUUGCGUAGUUCCUCUGAUAGCAAUUCCACUGCUUCGUCCAAAACAGAUACAGAUGAUGACUUGCCAGAGCGCAUCCCUUCAGAAACUUGUCGGAAUAACCUAGCCAAGAUCGAAGAUGAAAGUGGCUUUAGUUCAAUGAGUUCUUUUCAGGAGAUCGGUCUACCAUUAAUUAGUACACCGUGUUCAUCAUCAGUUUCUAGUGAUUCAACGGGCUCAGAUUCAGACCCUGCUACAUCAUCUCAUACAAAAGUAGGACUUCCCCUGACACAUUUCCAUCGCCGCUGGGAUUCUGCACCCACUGUACCACCCAAAAAGGCUUCUUUACACAAUUCCCGACUUCAUGUAGAUGACGAACGUAUGCAUGUACUGUGGGUGUGACAACCAGGUCAAUUCAGCAAAUUAAACCAAAGCUCCCAAAAGAAUUCUGAUUAUUGAUGAGGGCGAUUCAUGUUUUCCAUGAAAAUCACACAACACUAGAAAUUUUAUUUUUGCCUUUUCUUACCAAUGCUUGUUCAGACGCCUCGCAAAUGGGAUUAAUAUUAUAUAGUAAAAUAGUUUUGAAAGUAACUACUACUACAUGUAACACUUUGUGAGCAUAUCAAAUUAAGAAUUUUAUGCAAGUGUGCUUCACUCUCAAAUUUGCCUAAUUUUUAUAGGCAUUCGCAUUUCUGACCUUCGUCAAAUAAAAAUUGUCCUAAUAGUACUUAGAAAAACCACUGUCUGAAAAGUAAUAGUAUAAUUUACAUUAACGAAUUUUUAUGAGAAUAUACUAAUAAAAUUAAUUUAAAA